AUGCAGGAAGUCAUCAGCCAAAUCCGCUCUGAGGAUGCCAGUCACCUCAAACCAUUCAUUGGUAACUACACGGUCGCCCAACCUGAGGUCAAGGGACUGGAACCUCCGAUUUUAUCGGAGAACAAGAAGUCCCGUGCUAGAAUGGGUGUGAAUCACCCGCAGCUGGUGGGCAUGUUGUGUCCGGUCAAGCACGUGAACGCAUACCACACUGAUCCGAAGAAGGUACAGGAACAGCUUCAAAACGGUGAAAUCAGGAUGAACGCAGGUGCCUGGCCUGCACUAGCAUACCCUGGUGAUCCUCCAGGUAUUGAUUUCGACGUCGAAGACAUUCAGGAAGGUCUCCUCAGAGGUCACCUUCUGAAGUGCAUAUGUUUUUAUUUCUUUUAUUUUUGCUAUUUUGUUUGA